AUGGCGCACCUCAACGUCAAGCCGGACCCGGCCUACCUUAAGCUGCAGGCGAUGCAGAAGAACCGCGUGCAGUACUUCCGCUGGACACCAAGAAACGCUCGUAUCACGUUGAUGUACGUCGCGGUCGUCCCCGCCAUUAUGGGCUACAUUGCCUACAAGACAGACGGCCUCUGGGAUCUACGAGCGAAGAGAAAAGGCGAUACCGCAGCCCCUACGACCUCUCUCGCUGUUAUCGAGAUGCUCGUCGACCUCCGCACCAGGGUCACCAGCACCAACGACGAGACUGCCGAGAUCCUUCACAGCGAAUUUGGCUUUCUGGCCGCCGAUGGAGCUGGCACUUUUUAA